AUGAAGCCAGAGUGCCAGGAGGCAUUCUGCAGGCUAUGGGCACGGGUGCCGGCGCAUGUAUGUGAAGUGAAUUUUGGGUUGGGGCAUGACGCUUGGACGGCCAAGGACAUUGAUAGCUUAGCGGAUGUAUUAGUGGAGCAUGCAGAUUGGUUUUCGGCGCAUAAGACUGAUCUAGGGCACUGCACCACCCUGCCGUUUCGCAUUGACCUGAAGCCAGGUACGAGACCGGUAAAGCAGCGCCCGUAUCGGCGGAGUCCAGUAAUAAACCGAAAGAUUAAGAUAGAGAUUGAUCGGUUAGUUAGCUGUGGGAUUUUGCGGAAGUUCACCUCAAAUUGGGCGUCGCCGCUUGUAGCUGUGUUGAAGGAGGAUGGUAGCUUGAGGUUGACAUGCAACUUUACACGGUCAAAUGAGGCGACAAUCGUUCCCGUUUUCCCCAUGCCCUUAGUCAGCGAUCUCAUCUCGGCGCUGGGAGGGAGCAAGGUCUUCUCGGUCCUCGACCUGAUGAGCGGGUACUUUCAGGCUGCCAUCGACGAGUCGAGCAUCCCCCUGACGGCCGUCUGCACUUCAUUCGGGUUGUCCGAAUGGACCCGGACUCCACAAGGAUACUCCGGGAGCCCGGCGAACUUCCAGUCGCUGAUGGCUAAGUUGAGGGAGUUGUUGGUGCGGUUCACGGAGUUUGACCUAAAGCUGUCCCCCAAGAAGGCCCACAUCGGCUCGGCCGAGGUUACGUUUCUGGGGCAUUUGAUAACCCCUUUUAGCGUGCGCCCCGAUCCUAAAAAGACAGACGCAAUGGCUAAGAUGAAAAUGCCCAAGACUAAGAGUGAAUUAAGGUCCAUGUUAGGUUCGGUAUCGUACCUCCGAAAAUUUCUCCCCAAUUUAGCGAGGAAUAUCACGGACCUGACCGCCCUUCUCGAGAAGGACGCACACUUCAAGUUUACGGCACACCAUGAACAGCUGACCAAAGCGGUGUUGGCCCAGCUAGCAAGUUACGAGGUGUUGGCUUUCCCCGACUAUGCCGCCGCCAUCGAUGGCACUCGUAAAUUUCGACUCACGACCGAUGCCAGUAUCUCUGGUUUUGGUGCGGUACUGGAACAACCGCAAGAGGAUGGGACCGUCAGUCCUCUAGUGUACGUUAGUAGAUCGACCCUACCGAACGAAGCGAACUGGGAUGUCAGCUCGCUGGAGUGUGGAGCGUUGGUGUGGGCCAUUAGGAAAUUGCGUGAUUGUUUAUAUGGCAUUCCAUUUGAAGCAUUCACCGACCACAAGCCGCUUCUAUCUUUUUUUUCUAUGGGUGAAAAAAAACCACGUGUUCAACGCAUGGGUGAUUUCUUAUCGGCGUACUCGUUCACCCUGUCCUAUCGCAAGGGCAAAGAUAACCGGAUGCUUUGUCCCGUCUGCCACAGCCGCCCACGGCAGGCGAUUUUGACAAAUGCGAGUUGA